AUGGCCCGUCAACGUCGUCCAGAGCGCAAGGGCUCUGACCAGACUGCCGCUAUCGCCACAGAGGUCCUGGAGACUCCGCCCAACGUCGUCGGGAGGCUACUGCAUUGGAAUGAUCUGCCGGCCUGGCAGCGCGACAACCAGCACAUUCACACGGGCUAUCGGCCGCCAUCGUCCUCGUUCAUCGCCUCGUUCCAAUCACUCGGCUACCUUCACAAUGAAUCUGUCAACAUAUAUUCUCAUUUAUUGCCGGGAUUGAUGGCCGUACCCGCGGCAUAUCAAUUGCACCGCUCUCUCGCACCGCGUUACCAGACAGCUGCGGACUCGGACAUUGCUGCCUUCAUCUGCUUCUUCGCUGGCGCGGCAUUCUGUCUGGGCAUGUCUGCGACUUACCACACGAUCUCCAACCACUCACCUGCUGUUGCUCGGAUAGGCAAUGGCCUCGAUUACAUUGGGAUCGUGGGGCUCAUCGUAGGCAGCUUUGUCCCCAGUAUUUUCUACGGCUUUUACUGCGUGCCCGACCUCCAGCGGCUUUACUGGACAAUGAUCUGUACCAUCGGAGCGGGCUGUGCCUGCGUCUCGAUCCUUCCACAGUUCCGCACGCCUCACUGGAGGCCAUUUCGGGCGACCAUGUUCAUCGGAAUGGGUCUGUCUGCCGCCUUUCCUGUCCUCCAUGGUCUUCAAAUGUUCGGAUUUGCUCGCAUGCGGCAGCAAAUGGGUCUUGAGUGGGUGCUACUUCAGGGCUUUCUGUAUAUUCUUGGCGCGUCAAUCUACGCAGCCCGGGUGCCGGAGCGCCUGCGGCCGGGUAAGUUUGACAUCUGGGGUAGCUCCCAUCAGAUCUUUCACGUGUUGGUGGUCUGCGCAGCGGUGGCCCAUCUGACAGGCUUGCUCAAGGCCUUCGACUAUCGGCACAGCGGGACUGCCGAAAUGUGUCAGAUUCCACGCAGCUGA